AUGCGAAGCGCGUUUUCUUUUUCUGUACUGACAAAUAAAAAGAGACAUUUAUUUUUUCGGCGGCACUCGAGCUCUAAUGACCUUGAGAGACCAGCGAUGCUUGAUGAUGGGACGCGGACGACCAGAGUACUUGAAAAAGAAGGUGAAUUCCCAGAUCCGAAAUUUGUAGACUUCAGGUCGUAUCAUGUGAUUCCGAAAUGGCUUUCUAGGCAGCUUUCUAGCGUUAGCAUUGACAAGCCGACUCCCGUCCAACGUGCGACUAUUCCUGCGGUUUUUCAGGGGAAGAAUGUUGUGGGUAUCGCGCGUACUGGCCAGGGUAAAACGCUAUGCUUUGCCGUUCCAAUUUUUUCGGACGUGGCUAUGGAUCCAGGAGCCUUUCGCGCCCUGAUCCUAGCGCCUACGCGCGAACUGGUGCUGCAAAUAGCCGAGGAGUUUUACCUGCUUGGCGAUCGCAUGAAAAUUAGGACACAGGCCAUCAUUGGCGGACUCGAGCAAAACGAACAAACUAAAAUAUUAGAAACCAAGCCACAUAUUUUGAUAGCUACACCUGGACGCCUCGCGCAGAUUAUCAGCAAUGGCGCGACGGCAGUGCACUUAGUUUCGUUCAGGAGAAUCAAAUAUUUGGUGUUGGACGAAGCCGACAGGUUGUUAGAGCCGGAUUUCAGCGAGGACUUGAAGACUAUUUUGGCGCACGUCCCACCAGAGCGACAGACCUUAUUGUUCUCCGCGACAAUGACCCUGAAUAUAGAAAAGUUAGUGUCUGUUGGUCAAGAUGCAAAGGAACUUUAUGUCUAUCAAGAAACGGGCUAUGUUGAAAAAAAACAAUGUGAUUCAGAAUUCUCUAAAGUUUCCGUCGAUGGCAAACCGAUGUGGUCAGUACCGUCGACACUCACCAUGGAAUACAUCUUCAUUCCGCAGGUCACGAAAGAGUGCUAUUUGGUGUAUUUGCUUCACAAAUACAGCCAUCUCACCGGAAUCAUCAUUUUUGUGCCGUCAUGCGAGGCGUGCGAGGUUUUGGCCGGCUUGAUUGAGCAUUCGAAGGUGCCGUUGACGGUCUCUAGGUUGAACCGCUUCAUGAAGCAGAAGGAGAGGAUAUCGGCGCUCACAGGUUUUAAAUCGGGAACAAACAAAAUUUUGAUAGCAACGGACCUGGCGUCCAGGGGCCUAGACAUCCCUUUGGCUCAACUUGUCAUCCACAUGAAUGUUCCCAAUAGCGCCGAGGAUUACGUACACCGGGUGGGAAGGACGGCAAGAAAGGGGAGGCACGGCAAUUCAAUUUUACUAAUUGAUCAGUAUCAAGUGGAAUCGUUUUUGCGCAUUGAAAAGCAAAUUGCCCAGCCCGUGACAGAGCUCAAGCUAGAAGAGCAAGAGGUGCUGCGCUACAUGAACGAGGCCGUCACGGCGAGGGAAUUGGGGAGAUCAAAACUGGAAGACGAGGGAUUUUUUGAAAAAAUUCGACAUUGGGCCUCGAUUCGCAGGGCGAACAAAAGAAGAAAACGCGCAUCAGAAAGCGUGCAGAGCGAUUUUAAAAGGAAUAAACAAUGA